ACGGUCACCAUGAACGGAAGGCCAACGUUUCUAAAGAGCUCAACGCAAAGCAUAAAAGGUUUUUUUGUUUUAUAUUGGAAGGACUUCUUAAACUGCCAGAAAAUAGGGAAUGUGCUGACUGCAAAGCUAAAGGUCCAAGGUGGGCUAUUGUGAACCUAGGCAUCUUUAUCUGCAUGCAGUGUUCAGGAAUACAUCGAAGUCUUGGGGUACAUAUUUCAAAGGUUCGGUCUGCAACUUUGGAUACCUGGCUUCCAGAGCAGGUUGCAUUCAUUCAAUCCAUGGGAAAUGAAAAAGCUAAUUCUUACUGGGAAGCAGACUACCCCCAUUAUGAUAGAGUUGGAAUAGAGAAUUUUAUUCGUGCAAAGUAUGUCUGA